AUGCAAAUUUUUAUGGUUCUGCAGCACAUAAAGAGCAUGUUUGGUAUUGAAAGAGUUGAAGUAUCUGGCAACUUAUACUGUAAUAAAGCACUAAAACUGUCAGAUGCAAGUAUAAACAUAGUAAAUGAAAAGAACUUGGAAAUAGUUGGGGGAGAUAAAAGAUUAGAUUUUUUGUUAGAGGAUAUUUCCUAUAUAGACUUUCAUAAAACAGAAAGCCAGGAGCUGUCUGUGUAUUUCUUUGUUAAAGAAGACAAAUGGACAUUUGUAUUUAGAAAAAACCUGCCAAGAACGAUUGUUCAGUUUUAUGGAAAGCUAGUUUGUGUUCAAUCUAAGAUAAAUGGCUGGGAGGUGCUUUAUACAAACGACUGUGUUAGUCUUAAGCAGUAUAAUCAGAUAACAGAGCAGUAUGAUUUAUUAGAUGGGUCUGUGAGUGUUAGACUGCUAAAGAUAAAAAACAGCACUGUCCUUCGUGUAUAUAAAGAAUACAAUAUAAUUAGAAAAGGCGACUUAAUUCAGAGCUAUUCAGACUUCUAUGUAGACCAAGAGACGCACAGCUUCUCAUGGAGUACUUCUAAUGGAAGUAAUGAAAUGGAGGUGUACAGGCUGAUCUUUCCUAGUCUUCCGACCUUAUUUGCUUUUGUUUCCUCUUUUGUUAGUGCAAACUCACCCGAAGAGGUUAGCUAUUUAGAGAAAAUGGAAAUAGAUAAUUACCAGGAAGACAUGGAUAGCAGUGAAGAAGAGAGUGAGGAGGAAGAGGACAGUGAAUCUUCUGAUACAAAAAUCAUGUUGGAACGGAAAAAGACAAGUAAAAAGAAGUAUGCGCAGGCAGCAGGAAAUAUAUUUGGUGGGCGCGACAAGGAGAGAAAUCGUGCGCUUGCAGUGAAUGAAGCCAAUACUUUUGUUUCCAGAGGUUCUGCUAUUGGUAUAUUCAAGAAUGAAGACGAUGAUCUUAGCUAUAAAGGAACUAUCCAGGCUAUACUCAGAAAGGGAGAGAACGUAACACCAGAUAAAAUGAUUGUAGCAAAAGACAACAAUUCACUAAUUGUGUCAGAUCUAAACAAAAAGGACAUGAUGUACAAGAUAGAUCUGAACACAGAAAAGGUAGCAGAGUGCUGGGAUACAAAAGAUGAACUCAAAGACUUUUUCUCAUCUGCAAAGGAUGAAAGAGGGGCACCGCUCACACACGAUUUUGUAGGAGUGUCAAAGAACAGACUUUUUAAAAUUGACCCAAGGUCUGCUGGCUUAAUAGAAGGUAAGUCUUACAGUACAAACACAAAGUUUACUUCAGGAGAUUCCACCAGCAAUGGAUAUUUUGCUCUAGGAUCAGAGACAGGUGACAUUCGUAUGUAUGACUCAUUAGAUAAAAGAGCAAAAACACUCCUGCCUGGUCUAGGUGAUUCUGUCUUGGGAGUUUUUAUAUCACCAAGUGGUAAAUACAUGGUGGGUACAUGUAAGUCCUACCUUAUGCUAAUUGUAACCGAGGCUGCAGGUGUAUGUGGGUUUAAAAAGAGUCUAGGCCAGAAUAAACCAGUUCCAAAGAAAUUAAUUGUGCGGCCAGAACAUCUCCACUACUUCAAUGGAGAGGUAAACUUCACAAAUGCCAGUAUAAGUACAGAUAAAGAUGAGAAAUACGUAUAGUCAGUACUGGAGAAUGGAUACUUGUAUGGGACAUGGAAAAAGUCUUGAAAGGCCAUGUCUUCAACUAUCAAAUUAAGAGAAAUGAUUAUAAAGUUGUUUCAAAUAGUUUCAUUCCCGGAGAUAGCAACAAAAUUGUUGUUGCUAUGGAUGAUGAAAUGGCAAUGAUCAACAGACUCUCUCUUAAGAAGCCAAAGAACCCAAAUAAAUAAAUGCC